UCCUCCCUGAUCUCUUUUUCAUCAUGGCUGACGGAGUGGGCUGAGCACAUGGCUGUGUCUUCCAUUGGGUUAGAGGGUGAGAGUGUGCUACACAGGAAGCUUGCGCCUGCGCACUGUCUCCACAGUCAGUUGAACAGCGAGACAGAGAGUGUGUAAGCGCCCACAUGCCGGAUGAUGUAACUAGAAGCACCUUAUUUAGAAUGUGUUGAAUUCAAUCACAAAGUCAGUUGGCUAUAACAGCAUAAGAUGACCUUCAUUACUACCUGUUGGCUAAUCAAAAACUGAAAUCAUUCUCUGCAUCAUGUCACUGUUGACGCACGUGUUGGCUUGCCUCUUUGGCAUUGGGUCAUGGGUUGCCAUCAAUGGGAUGUGGGUUGAGCUCCCACUGAUUGUACCGAAGAUCCCUGAAGGUUGGUACCUGCCCUCCUACCUCACUGUAAUCAUCCAGUUGGCAAACAUUGGACCGCUGUUCAUCACACUUAUGCACCGCUUCAGGCCAGGAGCCCUGGAUGAGCGGCCAGUCAUCUACACCAUUGUAGGAUUGGGUGUCCUGGCCACUUUCCUACUGGCCUUCCUCUGGAAGCACACACUAUUUGUGGGAAAUGCUGUACACAGUGUAGCUCUGCUGUCUCUCAGUUUCCUACUGUCAGUGGUGGACUGCACCUCCUCUGUCACUUUCCUGCCUUUUAUGAUGAGGCUCCAGCCUCAGUACCUCACCACCUACUUCAUUGGAGAGGGUCUGAGUGGCCUGAUUCCAGCUCUGGUGGCUCUGAUUCAGGGUGUUGGGGUGGUUCAAUGCAAAAAUGCUACAGCUAAUGCAAAUUUUAGCAUGGUCAACUACACCGGGGGCACCAGUGGUGAACUGGAAGCACACUACCAGCCAGCUAACUUCUCUGUCCAGAUCUUCUUCCUGUUCCUCAGCACCAUGAUGGCAGUGUGCCUGGGUGCUUUCGUGAUGCUCAACUACCAUCCUUCAGUAGUACAAGAACAUAAAUGUGAGAAGUAUCUUGAUGAUACAAAGCACCAAGAGAAGGCUGACAUUAGCCUCACCCUGCAGAACCAUCCUGCAGAACAGACACCCAUGCUGGAACAUCCAGAAGGUCCAGCAAAUGAACCUCGCAGCACCUUUGGGAAAGGCACCUACAGCAGAGCAGAGGUGGUCUUCAUUUUUGUUGUUCUGGCUUGGGUUAAUGCAUUAACCAAUGCAGUUCUCCCUUCAGUACAAUCCUACUCCUGCCUGCCAUAUGGUAAUCAGGCCUAUCACUUGGCGACUACUAUGGCUGCAGUGGCUAACCCUGUGGCCUGCUUUAUCGCCAUGUUUUUCCCAAUCAGGUCUCUGAUGCUGAUGGGGGUUUUAACAGUCACUGGUACAGGAUUUGGGGCCUACAUCAUGGGCAUGGCAGCACUGAGUCCCUGUCCUCUAUUGGUUCAUCAUGAAUUAGGAGCUGCACUCAUGGUGAUAACUUGGGUGAUAUUUGUCCUCACUCUGUCCUACGUGAAGGUGAUUAUUGGGGUGAUCCUGCGAGAUGAAGGACACAGCGCUCUCGUGUGGUGUGGUGCUGUAGUACAACUCGGUUCCAUGUUAGGGGCCAUGUCAAUGUUUCCUUUAGUCAGUGUGUAUGGACUCUUCAAAUCAGGCCAUCCAUGUAACACUAAGUGCCCUAAAUGAAACAAGCUUAAUUAAAUGAUAGCAAAUGUAAUGCCUAGAUAUGUUACAUACAUACUGUUACAUUACAUUCCCUGUGUAUUUCAAGAAAAACAAACAAAGGACAGAGGACCAGUUGUGAAUACACUGUAGCCUAAGACAAUAUUUUUACUCGUUCAAAAACUCUACUGAAAUGUUAAACAAGAAAUAAUUUGUUCUCUUUUCUCACAUACUUGCACUAUGUUACGUAACCUUUAAGUGCACUACAUUAGUUACACUAGCUAUAAUGUUACAGACCAAUAUAAAGAUAUAUUUGUCUGUCAUAUUUAAUGUUAAUUUAACUGAUGCUUACUGAAAAGUGCCUUCCUAGUAUUCUAUUUAAAACCGGUGUUCAUUUUUUGCAUGUUUUAAAUGGUUUACUAUGUUUUUUUAAGUUGUAAUGCUUUAAUAAAAAAUUGCUGGUCAAGUUAAAUAUUAAA